GAACAAUCAAUCAAUACAUUUUUGCUGCUGCUCAUCACAUUCGCUUUAACCCUUUUAAGCACGCUAAGUGCGAUACUUUGCCUUGCACUUUCCACUUCGAACACAGUAGAGCCCUAUUAUGAGCCUGGCGCAGCUAUCCCUUUUACUUAGCAAUCCUACCUGACUCACAAGCUGCGCCUGGCUACAGGGGCCCUUUCAGCUGCUAACGCCUCCCUUCCCCACACAAUAAAUCCCGCAAAGAUGUUGAUGCCCAAGUUGUCAGUGAUGACAAUCCGUUUGUCGUCCCGACGCAUCGAUCCGAACAGAAGCCAUCUCGCUGAUACCGUCAUAUCUCGCAAGGCCAAGGUGCCCUCUUCAAAGUGAAGAUGGCGCCUCGCUGGUUUAGGAAAGUCGAAUCCAAGGCCAAAAAGCUGUUGUCUCCUUCGGCUCCUUCACCAUCACCUUCGCCGACACCCGAGCCCAAACUAGUCGAAGUAUACGAGAAGAUCCUAUCAGUUAGACUUUACCGAAAGGACCUGAGCUCUGUUACUUGCGAAUUAACCGAAAAUAAAAUAGAGGGGGCUCGUAAGACAAGAUGCUGCCAAAUACAGCAGUUAGUCCGGGAUGGACUAGACCGGAUGCAGAAAGCAGCGUCCAUUAAGCAAGGAAUCAACGAAGGCUUGCAAGCAGUGCAAGCGGUGAGGGGGAUAAUCCUUUUGAACCCUGUCACCGAGGCAUGCUGUAAUUAUAAUGGCAUUGCCUAUGUCCUGUUGAGAAUAGAGUGGUACUAGAACCUGGUGUCCCUACUCCUCGAUAAGAAUAAGGCAGAGUAAUCUUCUGUAAGGCUAUAAGUCUAACUAGAGAAGCAUAUUAUGCAGCUAUAUAAGAAACUUCUCUUAUAUUAAGUAAAAAGCAUCUGCCUUUACCACCAUAACUAGGCUGCCAUGGUCUUAAGGGAUGUAUUCUGACUAGAUAACUAGGCUAGCCAGCUUAAUAAUAUCUAGAAAGCCGAGGCUGCUAUUGGAACCAAC